AUGGAGCAGACAGUCGAAAUUCUAAACAGCCAAAGUUCGCCGAAGCACUCUUGGUCAUCGGAGGAGCGUCUUUUACUUGCUAUCAUCAACAAAGUGUAUGACCAGCCGAUAAAAGAAGUCUCGCUCAUCUUCAACAGUAUAUGUCACAACCAGCUGGCGAAGGAGGGGAUCUCGAAUGGGCUGUCGAUCUCGACGAUCAGGGCACAGAUUGCUGACCUGAAGAGAACCCCUAGAGUUGUCCAGGAGUAUCAACAUGUUCAAUCAAUGUCUUUGGACAUAGCGCACAAAGUAUUCCGCCAGCAACGACGGCGGAUUGAAACUGCGGCAGAAUCGCUUGGGAUCUCGUUGAAGCCGCGAUUGUAUCAAGUCCCAACCCCCGCACCUACCAAAAGAUCCUACAUCGCUAGAGACACAGAUUGGGAUGACGAGUCGGACAUCUCUGACGGGCCAGAAGCAUCCACUUACAAAACGCAAGGUAAGCCCGGCAGCCUGAAAAAGAAGAUGGCCUUAGCACCACGAUCAAGUGUACUAUCGUGGGACACCGAAGAAGAGAUGAGAAAUAUGGAAGUGGCCUCUCCACAAGAUACGGAUACCUCGAUCGGCUCGGUCUCAUCAUACACUGAUUCCGAUUCCUCUGCGUCGUGGUGUACACAGUCGGAUUCAGAAGACACUCAGCAGUAUUUUCAAGAGACUGGACAGAACGACUUUUCGAUAUCCGCCUCUAGGAUGGAUGCAAGAUUAAGGAUCUCCUUCGAUUAUAGAGGCAGACCAACGAAAAAGCAUCCGCGUCUCUUAUUUCGAGCCUUUGAGCCCGCCUAUGGACUGAAUUUGGAAAAGGUCGGUGAGAGUGUGUCUACUCACCUCAGCUUGGAGAGACGGCCAGGAUAUACCGGUAUUGGUGAAUUCCUUUCCUGGGGUUCAGUCACCGGUAAGCCAGUGGCUAUCCUAGGUAAAGGAGCGGCUCUCAAUCUCUACCACGCAUUCAAGGGUAUUCGAGGUGUGGGCUACGAUUCUGGGGUUGUUAUCGGCCAGGUAAUAGUAUCCGAGGUGGAUAGAGCUUCUGGGCCUGCCUAUCGCGACUUUGUCGACGGUGUCUACGAUGUGCCGGGCCACAAGCUACCAGAAAGUGACUCCGGUGCGGAAGGCCAAGUUUUCGAUGACGAUUGGGAGCCAGCAUCCCAUCUGGAUGACCCGCAGACCACCCGGUUCAAGGCUGUUCGACAAGCUCAUAUUACUGUGGAGAUUCCUAGUAUAACAAUGAAAUCCAAUUCGCAAACCGCAAGCGGAUCAGAAACAAACACCCAUCGUCGAAAGGAGGAAACAGAAGAGGAUCUUCAAAGCCUUGUUGAUUCCCAACUGGCCCAGACAGGUUUAGAGUUUGGCAUCACAGCACUUCGAGGGGAUACUUCUUCACCUCCUGCUUCAACUGAAGGUGAUAACUCUCGAGCCAUACUUGGAGAAGACUUCAGAUCGAACUCGGUCAACCUCCUACCGAGGUGGUCAACUAUGGCUACGACCCUCCAAGGAGAUUCUAUGACAGUCGAAAAGUCAGACUAUGCCCUCGGCCCUAAGGAUGACUUCGACCGCUUUAUCUCGCGAGAACAGCUGGACUCUGACCCCAGAUAUGACGCUUUCAUGGCAGAACUCCUUAAGUUCGCGAAGCUGCCUACGCCGGCACCACCGUCUCCCCUGCAACUUCCGACUCUUCCAAGCAUUGUAACGGCUUCGAGUCCAAGAUCAGUAUCGGCAACCGCGGUGCCGGGUCAGAAUCCUGUACCAAUUACUCUACCUUCCGCCGUCGGACCUGAGAAAACAUCUGGGCACGACCGUGAAUCGCCGUUGUCCCCCUUAAGAAAAUCCAUCCCAUCCAAAGACGGAGACGGUGACCACUCACUAGCAAUAAGUCGGCCUGGGUUGAAGUCUGUACAACGUACUCUUACAGAGCAGUGGUCAGUUAUGAAGGGCACCACUACUACCCCAACAGUCGAUGCGACCGCCAUCAGAACACAAGCGAAAAACACAGGUCCGAAGAAGAAUCAGCAGCAGCAGCAGCAGCAGCAACAGCAGGGAGCAACCGUCCCAGUGGUAGAACCGCAGUUCUUAGCCUCAAACACCACGACAUCUUCAGAACGAUCGGAUCCUGUAAUUAUCGACCUCGACGCUGGCUCUCAGACACCGCAAGGCGUAUCCGGCAACAGGGCUGGCGCUCCUACCCAUGGCUUCAGAGGUUUCGGCACUAGAAAGCCUGCGCGUUCGACUCGCACGAAAGCAAAAGACAAUAUAGAGAUCGGUUCAGUGAUUGAAAUCUCAGACAAUGACGACCUCGAGAUCAUUGCCACUACCACCCGUCUUCAUGCGAGGAUGCGCCGGACUGUACUAACUAUCCGAAGUCGGAGUCUGAGCGAGGCCGUGGUUCUCAAUUCAUAG